UUGAGGGGUAGUCGUGCAAAAGGCCAAAUUACACGAACCGGUGUCGUUUCGAACCAGAAUUUCAAUCUCUCAUAGAAGCCUCCCCAAUUUGAACCCUAAAACAAGGAGCUUUGUCAUUGAAUCACAAAUCCACCACACCACUGACGCCAAUUGAAUCGACGAAAUUCUGCCAUUGAUAGUUCAAUUGGGAGUUAACCGGCAAUGUCGACGGUGUACGUGUUGGAGCCGCCGACGAAAGGGAAGGUGAUAUUGACGACGUCGAAGGGCCCCCUUGACAUCGAGCUGUGGCCGAAGGAGGCGCCGAAGGCCGUCCGCAACUUCGUGCAGCUGUGCCUCGAAGGAUACUACGACAACACCAUUUUUCACCGCGUGAUCAAGUCGUUUCUUAUUCAAGGAGGCGAUCCCACCGGCACUGGAGAAGGUGGUGAGAGCAUUUAUGGUAGUGGUUUUCCGGAUGAAUUUCAUUCCCGUAUAAGAUUUAAGCACAGGGGUUUGGUUGCAUGUGCAAAUAAGCCUGACACACCCAAUUCAAACGGCAGCCAGUUCUUUAUAACCUUGGAUCGUUGUGACUGGCUUGACAAGAAGCAUACAAUUUUCGGAAAGAUAACUGGAGAUUCAAUAUAUAACCUGUUGACUUUAAGUGAAGUAGAGUGCGAUAAAAAUGAUAGGCCGCUGGACCCUCUUCCUAAGAUACUUUCCGCUGAGGUGUUAUGGAAUCCAUUUGAUGACAUAGUCCCAAGGGUAAUCUCUACAAAGUCUUCACUACCAUCUGAAAAGAAAGAACCAAAGCAGAAGGCUAUCAAAAAAUUGAACUUGCUUUCAUUUGGGGAAGAAGCUGAAGAAGAGGAGAAGGAACUUGCAGCUGCCAAUCCUAGAAUAAAAAGUAGCCAUGAUGUUUUGAAUGAUCCCAGGCUUCUGAAGGAUGGUCUUGAAAAAGAUUUGAACUCAGCUGAAGAGCAGAAAUCAAGGGAGUCACAGUUAAUUGUGAGGGAAGCUCUCUCAAAGAAAGAGCCUAAAGAAGAAUUAGGUGCCGGAACUUCCGACUCUCCUGAUCAUAGUGAUGAAGAUGAGUCCAGCUUUGAUACACGAAUGCGUCAGCAAAUACUAAGAAGAAGGCAGGAGCUAGGAGACAAGCCAAAUAAAAAAGACUUGCGCAAUGAGCGUAAGGCUUCUCAGAAGCAUGCAGCAUCUCCUCCUAGGUCCAGUGUUGGUGAACGUGACGAAAAACCAAAAGCAGAUAAGUUGUCAAUGAAGAAAAAAGGAUUAGGCUCUGAAGCUAGGGCUGAGCGCUUGGCUAAUGCAGAUGCAGAUUUACAGUUGCUUGGAGAAGCAGAACGAUCAAGACAGCUGCACAAGCAGAAGAAGCGCAGGCGUCAAGGACAUGAAGAUGAAGUCCUAGCAAAACUUGAGAAUUUUAAGUCCGCUUUCUCAACCAAAUUCAAUGCAUCGAAUGGUGGAGAUGCUGGUGGCAAGGAUGAAGAUUUGUCUGGCUGGAUGGGGGUUGAGCUAAAGUUUGCUCCUGAGCCCGGCAAGAAUAAUAUGUCGCGGAGCAACGAUCCCAAUGAUUAUGUAGUACACGACCCUCUUCUGGAAAAAGGAAAAGAGAAAUUCAACAAAAUGCAGGCUAAGGAAAAGCGAAGACAAAGAGAAUGGGCGGGGAAGUCUCUUACUUGAACUGGUUUGCUGCUCAUAGAAAUCUCAUCUGACUUUCAUGUCAUAACAUAUAUUAGUGUCUGUGAUGCAUUUUUUACCAUUGUGAAACUGAAAAAAUUAAAUAUAAUAUAAGCUUUGCAGUGAGUAUUUAUUUAA